AUGUCCGAGGUAGAUGAUAAGCCAUUUCAAUGUCCGAUAGAAGGCUGUAAAGAGAGCUUUACUAAUAUGGAUCAUCUAGAGGUUCAUCAGAAGCGUCACACAAGCAACCUCAAGAUCCAGUGCGCUAAUCGGGCGAGCAGCGAUACACCAGCAUCCGCUUUACCUGAUCAAACACCUACACCGAGUAGAUUCCUAAGGGCAUUUGAAGAAGCUGGCCUAGAAGACGCUUUGCAAAAUCCAUUUGAAGCAACUUUUGCGAAAGCAGCUGUUGAUCGGGCAGAUCCAAGUGCUGCUAUCGCAUCUGGUGUUUUGGCUACUAUGAAAUUGCGAGAUUCGUCGCAACACGAUGUUGCCGCAGCGUUAACCAGCUUAUCCCAACAACCUAGCCCAGUUCCAAUAUCACCUACUAGUAUUGCAACUUUGCUUCCUUCAAAAUCAACAAUUAAACCUGUAAUAGAAUCCAUUGGUAAUACGACUAGCGCAUCGACUGCUACUGUUGUAGCGAAUCCAAUUGCGACUACUGCGACGCAACAAUCUAUUUCUCAUUCAAUUCCUACAAUAACGAAAACAGUAACAGCACAGCUAUCCCAGCAGCCUGUCAACAACGGUGCUCUAAAUAGUAUUACCGUUGUUAGCGCUAAAGAGAGGCUACAACAUAGUUUACGGGUUAAAGCAAUCAAAACUAGUGCAAGCACUGCUAGUAGUAAAACUCCGCAAGUAACAAAAACAAAAACGUUGGAUAUUGUCAACAAGGUAACAAAAGCUCCAACCGCGGUUGUAAAGGCUGUUUCUACGAAUGAUACGCCGGUCAGAAAGUCAGAAGCAGUUACUAAUGGACCUCAUAGAACAAAAAGAGCUCGACGCAGUCAGGAAGAUUUGGAUCCAGAGGAAAAACGUCAAAGAUUUUUAGAAAGAAAUCGAGCAGCAGCUACAAGGUGUCGUGAAAAGAAAAAAACCUGGAUAUCAGGUCUUGAUAAAAAAGUGAAAGAACUGUCUGAUAAAAAUAGUUCACUACAGGCCGAGGCUGCAAAACUGCGAAGUGAAGUUGCUCAUCUUAAGAGUUUGCUAAUUGCAUAUCAAAAUGGAAGCAUUGCUCCUCGAAAGGAACAUUUAUCUGAUAGUGUUAGUGACGCUGAGACUGUUGCAAGUUCAGUCCUAACACAUCUCGCAAUGGCGCCAUCGACAGACAUAACAAGUAAUGGUGGUGCGAAAAUUACCGCAAGUACUGUUGUAUUAGAUAAUUAA